UUUAAAAACAACACAACAUUAGCCCCCUUGACUUCCAUUGUAUAGAGACAAAACCCCUGAGACUUUUCUCAAAAUAUCUUAUUUUGUGUUCAACAGAAAGAAAAGGAGUCAAAUACAGGUUUUGAUCCACACGAAGGUCACUUCCUGAUGUCACACAACAGUAGCUGAUGACAUCAAAGCACACGGACCCUCCCUCAUUAAUGUGUGUAUUAGUCAACUGCUUCAGCAACCCAUAAACACUUCGUCAACAUGACUCGCACAAGUUGCAUCACCCUUCUGUUUCUCGUGCUCUGUUCCCUCAACUCUCAAGGAAGUCCCCCGACCUCAAAUGCUCUUGAAUCUAUGACUAAAGAUGCUCCAGAAGAGGGUCUUGUUAGCCUAACCAGUGAUGCACGGCCUCCCCUCACCAACGUCUCGAUCCGUCCCGUUCUUCAGCCCAAAGAAAGCAUCCCGCCUCGGUUUACAUACAUCUUGAAGAACCCUCAGGGUAAAGUGUGUGUGCGGGUCAGUCUGGGAGCGGAGUAUGUGGUGAGAGAGAACAAAAAGAAGUAUUAUUUCAACAUCAAUCCCAGUUUAACACGACCCACGGGAUACUGUGGGGUCAGUGAAACUCUGCUCUCAUUGGACUUUGAUGGUGGAAAUCUGCAGUUCGUUUUCAAGAAGGAAGGCAGCUUCUCAUAUGUGAAAUCCAUUAAAGGUCAUCUGAAACCUGCCCCUCCUUGUAAAAAUUGCAAAAACAAAACGUACGUUGGAGUUAUGGCUCACGAAAAGCUAUUCAAAGCCACCAAUGGUCUGAGCUUCAAGUGCAAAACUGAGACAACACUUAUACUGGCAGACUUCUUCAGAGUCAAACUCGUACCUUUGCAGAUUCAAGCCUUUGAUCUUAAUAAUGGAGGCUUUGGAAAAGAGGUUGAGUGCUCGGCGGAUUAUAACAGACGGAUGAUCCCGAUUAUCUUGGGCGCUGUAGCUGCAGCAAUUUGUCUCAUUGCAAUUCUUACCUAUUUGCUUGUCCGUGAGCGGCGUGGGCAAGGCUAUGAACAGCUCUGAGGCUCUAUAUGUGCAUUAUGCUAAGCACUCUCUCGUGAUUUCAUCAUGUUAUAUUGUUUGACUUUAGUAAACAGUACUGUUGCUCACUGUAAUAGUCCUCCUUUGAUGGCUAGUUUUCAUUUGUAGAGAAAUAACUCAAAUGCAGUCAAAUAUAUUUUGAAAGGAUUAUCAAAUACCUCUUACAAAUAAACACAAAAGACUGUAAAACGUAUCGAAAAUAAACUCUUGUGGAUUUGUAUAUAAUAAAAAAGCAUUUAGCAGCCAUACUUUGCCAAGUAAUUAAGUUUAUUGCAAAGUAUUUGAAGCGUGAAUUUAUAACAAACUCCAAAUUGUUGACCUAGUUUGAUAAAGGUUAAGAUGUAAAUGAAUUUGUAUUACUGUACGUUUACAAAUCUAUAACUUUUAACUGAAUGAAUGUCGCUCUGUAAUCUUCUAAGUAUUUUUAGGCGGAUAUAAGUGUUUUAACAACUUGUGUUUAAUCCAUGCUUUAUUUCUGGAUGAAUAUUCUGUGAAACACUGUUUGCCUUCAACAUGUUCUCAAGAUUUUCGUUUAAUAUAUAUAUGAAAGUUUGUUAAUAUACAUUUGUGCAAGAUGUAAAAAUAUGGACAUUGAUGGGCAUUAACACACAAAUUAAUGAGUAAACCAAAGACAGACACAGUAUUAAAGGGGGAUAAGAGAUUCACUGCUGAUUUACAUGCAGGGAUGUUACGUGAAGACUGUUUAGCUAAUUUUUAUUAUGUAAAAAUUCAUGUUUGGUGCUGUGGUGGAGAGGGGAGAGACUGCUGUUUACUGUGAGGUUUCUGUGACAGCCUGAAAUAAAGACCCAAUUACUAUAAAGCUUUUAACCUUGCCCCUGGAAUAAAUGAAAUUAUGUUUAUGAAACUUUUUUUAAAUCGUAUCGAAAACAAGCAGUUUAAUCAACUUCAUGUUUGGCAUAUAAGGACAGGAAAGCAAGAAGUGGCUAUUUUUUCAUCAUUAUUCAGCCUACAUUAUG